CGGAUUGUUCGACUAUUGACGGUGUAGGAGGAGAAUGCAUGCCCAUUAGAACGCGACUGUCGGAAUACCGUGAGCUUUGAACAGAACGAAACCGGUCAAUUAGCACAAUUACCAUACAAUACAGUUUUAUAUCGACUGUAAACUCAGUAUUCCGCUUACUAUAACAAUCCCUACACACGCGUAUACGUAUAUACCGUGAUCGAUUUCCUACGCAAGUGAAGCAACCGUUUUUGGUGUUCAUACAAAUGGGUAGAGGCAGGAGAGUCUGAUCAGUUGACAGUUGCAGCUUCUGUAGCUACAAUGGCUAUUACGGUAUAUCUGGCAGUUGCUUUUCUUGUGGCGAUCAUGCCACCCUACGCUGCUAGUUUGUCACCCGGUAGACUCAUUGGAAUUGGACACUCACCACACGAUGGACUCAGAUUCAUUGGAGUUGGAUAUAAUUUACUGGACGGUAACCCACAAGGUGUGCACGGUCUGGGCGGCUUCGACCCAGGAUUUCGAGACACAUACCGUGUUCUUCAGCUAACUUAUGAUCAGGAGAAGAGAUCGCGAGACAGGUUACACUCUGUAGCAGAUCAAGUUGCUGUCAACGAACGAUUGAGCUGCAGUUCCUCUAGUGAAAGAAAAGCGUACACUGGGGCGAAAGGUUAUCAACACGAUUUAUCGCGUUCUGUGGACACAAGCGCUUCAGGAUCAUUUGUAGGUCUGAUCAAAUUCUCAUUUACUUCGAAUGACAAGUACAAAGACGUGUUACAAGAAUUGCAAAGUGAAAAGAAACUUUACAUGGAAAAAUCACGAAUUUGCAACCUUGGUAGCGUACGGUACCAAACUGAACUCGCCCAAUGCUCACGCGACGUAGGUGGGACACCCAAAUUUCAACUGUCUUCAGGAUUCGAAGCUGCAGUUCGCGCGUUGCCCGUAUCGUCAGCAACCAGUCCCCCCAAUGCAUAUUUUUCUUUCCUAGACACUUGGGGAACUCACGUUAUCACAGAAAUCGUUCUGGGAAGCAAGUACAUUGAACAUUAUGAAGUGACGAGUGACAAAGCGUUUAGAUACUCGUUAGAGCAUAAUGCUCUGGGAAUUACAACAUCUGCAUCUGGUCUAUCAGCAUCCGGAUCUCUCUCACUAGACAUCAAUAAAUUGGUUCAGAGUGACUCAUUUUUGUCUUCGCUUACAUCAGUUAGAAAGGUGAUCAAGAUUGGAAGCAGCAUCUAUUGGGACACAGCGCAAAACAAGUGGAUCAUUCCAAACCCAAUUAGACACGAACCCAUCAAAAUCACAUUAACUCCAAUCACCGAGUUUCUGUCAUGUCGCUACACUUCGGAUCUACAUGUGCGCAGACGCAAGAGUGCACUUGCCCGUGCUCUCACCACUUAUCCGUCCUACAAAAACGCUCGCGUACCACCCGAUGACUCCCAGUUGACUCUACCCAUAGCUUGGCCUAAAGGCACAUAUGGGUUGGUCAAACCCUCUAGUGGUUGCCCGAGAGGCAGUAAUUCAAGAUGGGAUUCUGGUUGGAGAAAACACGACACCGAAGAUGGUAACUCGGCUAAUCAGUGGAGUAGUUCAUACAACUUAGCUGGUUGGAAAGGAAGUAACAACAUGCAAUGGGAGUUCUGUAUAAAAGUGUCAAAUGGUUUGAACAACAUUAAUUAUCCAUGGCCUAGAGGCUCCUAUUGCAUUCUUAAAAAAGGCAAUUGUCCAAACCAGUUUCAUUACGGUUGGAUUCACUGGGAUGAUGAAGACAGUAGAAAUGCCAAUUCACAUGGAGGCACUAGAACUCUACCAGAUGGAGAGUAUGGACGCAACACCAGAAUGGAGUUCUGCUGCAGACAAGAUGGAAGUACAGCAAAUCAUAUCGUUUUACCAACAAACCGACCGUUUAUUUUGGUGGCAGCUAAAAGCCUUUGCCAAGAGGUCUACGGAAUGCGUGUAUCCAAUCAGUGGUUUCACUGGGACAACGAAGACAAAAACAAUGCAGACGAUCACGGUGGAUCUAUUCCAUAUGAAAAUGGAGGUACUCGGAAUCACAGAUUGCAUUUUUGCUACUACUACAAGUAACUCUGAAUGACUGAAAUCAAUGCUUUCAUAGCAAGAACUGCACGUUCUUUAAUUCUUUAUAAUUAUGUUAUUGUUCAAUCAUUUGGCUACUUGUUGACUGCUUAGCUGCUUUCUUGCUGAUUGUUUGAUUGUUGCUUGCUAAUAAAAUUGGACUAUUUUGAUUAUCAUAAUUGAAAUUACAAAAGAG